AUGUCGGUGGAGGGUCUCUGCCCCCUCCCCUGCAGGAACUCUGCCCCCCGGCCCCUGCAUGGCAAGCUGGAGGCCAUCCACGGCUGCGUGCAGGCCCUGCUGCGGGACCCGGUGCAGCCACAGCUGUGGGAGCAGCUGGGGCAGGUCUACGAGUCGGAGCAGGACUGGGAGGAGGCCGUGCGGUGCUACCAGAACGCGGCCCGCUACCAGCGCGACUAUGGCAGCUACAGUGAGAUCAGUGCCCGCAUCGGGCGCCUGCAGCAGGCUCAGCUGUGGAAUUUCCACUCGGGCUCGUCCCAUCACCGGAACAAGGCCCUGCCCCCCCUGCAGCAGGUGUGGAACCUCCUGCACCUCGAGAAGCGGAAAUUUCUCAGCCAAGCGCAGCCCCCAGCUGAAGCGGCCCGGCGGUCCCCACCAUCAUGGAGCCCCCCUAGGCUGCAGCCCAUCCCCCCCGGCACCACACGGCCCACCUUCCGGCCAACAGCGAGCUGUCCAGCCACCAUAAAGAGGAGGAGCGAGCGUCCAGCCCCGAGCAAGGACUUAGCUGGAAGGGAGGGCAGGAGGGGGAAAGCGGAACGUGGCCGGGCAGCCCCCCAGGGGACCCCACUACCAAGCCUGACCCAAGCCCGGCUGUGGAACCCCCUCCAUGGUGACACGUGGGCUGAGCGCAAGAACGUGGCUGCGCCGGAGAGACAGGUACCCCACCCGCCCUCACCACUCUGUGCUCUGUGCACACGCGUAGUCACACACACAGCACACGAGUGCUCUGCCAGCAUCGGACAGCCCCAGCUGCCCCCACAUCUCCCGUCACCUCAUGGCACUAAUAUCGGGCACCCCAACAAACCCUAUUUCCCCUCUGGGAACUCUGCCCCCCGGCCCCUGCAUGGCAAGCUGGAGGCCAUCCACGGCUGCGUGCAGGCCCUGCUGCGGGACCCGGUGCAGCCACAGCUGUGGGAGCAGCUGGGGCAGGUCUACGAGUCGGAGCAGGACUGGGAGGAGGCCGUGCGGUGCUACCAGAACGCGGCCCGCUACCAGCGCGACUAUGGCAGCUACAGUGAGAUCAGUGCCCGCAUCGGGCGCCUGCAGCAGCCCGCCCGCAAGGAGGAGGGCCCGGGCCCCGGCUCCGCCGGCGUGUGCCCGGCCGACCUGCUCAAGCUGCGCUCCUUCACCGAGGGGCCCCCCAAGGAGCUCAAGAUCCGGCUCAUCAAGGUGGAGAGCGGGGACAAGGAGACCUUCAUCGCCUCCGAGGUGGAGGAACGGCGCCUCCCGCUAGCCGAGCUCACCAUCGCCCACAGCGCCGCCGAGGUGGUGCGCGCCAGCAAGCACGCCAGGGUGAAGGGAAAGUUCAAGGAGUCAUAUCUGUCAGCCGCCCAGUCCGUCAAACCCCUCAUCAACGCCGAGGAGAAGCUGCCACGGGACAAACUCAACCCCCCCACACCCAGCAUCUACGCCCCAUUUGACGCGCUCUCUUCGGAGCAGGAAGACAAGGAAAGCGAUGAGGAGGAUGCUGAUGAACCCGACAGCACCACGGAGACACCCCCCAGCGGCAACGUGGACCAGAAAUCCCACCAGAUCAUCAAAUUCGGGACCAACAUCGACCUGUCCGACGCCAAGCGGUGGAAGCCACAGCUGCAGGAGCUGCUGAAGCUACCAGCCUUCAUGCGGGUCACGUCGACGGGGAACAUGUUGAGUCACGUGGGUCACACCAUCCUGGGCAUGAACACGGUGCAGCUCUACAUGAAAGUACCAGGCAGCCGGACACCAGGCCACCAGGAGAACAACAACUUCUGCUCUGUGAACAUCAACAUCGGACCAGGCGACUGCGAGUGGUUCGCGGUGCACGAGCAUUACUGGGAGACCAUCAGCGCCUUCUGUGACAGGCAUGGCGUGGACUACCUGACGGGCUCCUGGUGGCCCAUCCUGGAGGACCUGUACAAGUCGAACAUCCCCGUGUACCGGUUCAUCCAGCGCCCUGGGGACCUGGUGUGGAUCAACGCAGGCACCGUGCACUGGGUGCAGGCCACGGGGUGGUGUAACAACAUCGCCUGGAACGUCGGGCCCCUCACAGCCUAUCAAUACCAACUGGCCCUGGAGCGCUACGAGUGGAACGAGGUGAAGAACGUGAAAUCCAUCGUGCCCAUGAUCCACGUCUCGUGGAACGUCGCCCGGACGGUCAAGAUCAGCGACCCCGACCUCUACAAGAUGAUCAAGUAUUGCCUCAUGCAGUCCAUCAAGCACUGCCAGGUGCUGCGGGAGACGUUGGUGCGUUCGGGGAAGAAGAUCGCCUACCAGGGCCGGGUGAAGGACGAGCCGGCGUACUAUUGCAACGAGUGUGACGUGGAGGUGUUCAAUAUCCUGUUCGUGACGAGCGAGAACGGCAGCAAGAACACGUACCUGGUGCACUGCGAGGACUGCGCCCGCCAGCGCAGCGCCGCCCUGCACGGCGUGGUGGUGCUGGAGCAGUACAAGACGGAGGAGCUGAUGCAGAUCUAUGACAGUUUCACCCUGGCUGGAUCCCCCAGCUCCAGAUGAGCCAGACCUCGCCCAGGUACUUCCUGGGCAGAGACAGGAAUCAGCUCCCCCUUCCCCAGUGCCCCCCUUCCCCGCUGGGAGAAGGAGGGGACAUCUCGGCACUGCCCGUCCCAGCGGCCAAUCGCAGACAAGCUCUUGUUUACACCGGAACCUCUCCGGCCCAAUCGGCUUUGCUGUUGAAACGAGGGAGAGGGGGCGGAGCCCCAGAAGCAGCCAAUCUUCUGCGUGAUCCAAGGAGCCAAUCCGCAAGCAGCCUGUGAAUACAGAAAGUCAAACAAAUGAACUUUUUUUAAUUUAUUCUUGAAAAUGACCUUGGCGGGGGGGAACACGGGGAAACUUUUUAAAAAAAAAUAUUUUUUUUUUUUUGGAAAAUAAUAAAAAACACACAGAAAAAAAAGAGAAAAAACCCGCCCAGGAGACGGGAAAACGAAAACCGUGGAGCCUGGGCAGCUCGGCGGGGCCGGCGGGCGGUUCCCUGGCAGACACACGCCGGCCUUCGGCGGGGACAGGAGAACACGGACUCUGGAGCUCAGCCAGGAGCUCUCUUCGUCGACGGAGCAUUAACUCGUUUGUUUUGCAGGGGCGGGGGGCGGGGGGGAGACACUGGCAGUGGCGGGGAAAGGGGGUUGGGCGUUUUUUUUUUUUUGUCGUCUUUUUACAUUUUUCUUGUCAGCAAAUGAAGCAAAAAAAAAAAACACAAAACCAACAAAAAAACAAACCGCCCCCAACAAAAGAUACGGGUUUUUUACGCAGCAAUUUCUCUUUGUUUCCUCUUCGUGCAUUUGUGGCGGUGGGAGAUUGUCCAUUGGUUUCUAUAUAUAUUGGCACGGGACGGGCGGUUUGUGUGGGCGUGCGUGGGCUUGAGUCUCACUCUGCUUUCUUAAAUCCUGGCCGCUUGGCAUGGGGGGGGGGGGCUUUUUAAUUCCACGUCUUCCUGGCUUGGUUUUGUUUUCUUCUGAACUCACGUGAAGGAGCCAGUUCCCGCCGGCUUGGGUCUCCGAUUGUGCAAACGAUGGUGCAAAACGGGGAGCGAGGAACGGUGCUCAGCGUCCAGCCCCUGUGCGCAGGGCUUUGCGGGAACCCUGCCCCCGGGAGCUGCCUUCCCCUGGGUUAAGCGUUUCGUACAAUCGCAGCCGCGGUUUACACUUCUCUCAGGUCAGCCACAGCAACUGAGCCAGGACAGCAGGACAGAAAUCUGCCUUAACUCCCCCGCCGGCCAGGUUUCGCCUCCCCACUGCUCACUUGUUUGGAAACCGGAAACACGUCGGGUGCUUUUUUCUCAGUUUUUUUUUUGUACCUCCAGGCCUCAGAUUUUUGCAAUUUGUAAAUUGUCUUCUGUUGUUGUGUAUUUUUUUUUUAUUUAUACAUCAUUUUUGUAAUGAUUUCUCUAUUUAUUGGUUGCUAUUGAGGGGUUGAUUUGAGCGUUCGGGGGGUGUUUUUUUUAAAUGGCCUUUUUUU